AUGUCUGAAGAUAAUAAACCUCAAGAUUUAGCCUCAAUCACGGAUGAAAAUGCCGCUUUGAAAUCUACUAAUAACUUAUCAAAUCUGAAGAAUGAUUCAACCACCAAUCCUACUACUGAAAAAUCCCAACUGAAAGCAAAUACAGAAGAUGUCGAUGAUUUAGAUGACUUAUUAGAUGAUUUUGCGGAUGAAGUACUAAGUAAACCACCAGGAUCAACAGCUGAAUCUCAACAACCUCAAACAUCACAACCAAAUUCAAAUAUCAAAACACAACCCCAAUCACAAACUGAUCCAUUAAAUGAAGAUUUUCAAAAUUCCAUAUCUGAAUUAAUAAAAGAUAUGAAAAUAGAAGAUCCGGAAACUCAAAAACAAUUUGAAACAUUAGUUAAACAAUUUGAAACAAAUCAUAGACAAGAAAUAGAAACUGAAGAAUCAAAACCAGCAAAUUUUGAAUAUGUUAUGAAAGAAACUAUGGAAAGAUUAAAAAAAUCAGGUGAAGAUAUUGAUUCCAAAAUUAAAAAUGAUUCCAUGGGUUCUAAUCCUGAAGAUUUAUUAACUCAAUUAUUAGCUGGUAUGGGUGGUGAUUCAGCACUUGGAGGUGGUGAUAUGGAUAUGAGUAAAUUAUUAGUUGAUAUGUUAGAACAAUUGAGUUCGAAAGAAGUUUUAUAUGAACCAAUAAAAGAUCUUAAUAAAAAAUUCCCACAAUAUUUAAAAGAUAAUAAAGAUAAAUUAGGUAAAAAACAAUAUGAAAAUUAUAAUAAUCAAUAUGAAAUAACAAAUGAUAUUUUGAAAGUUUUUGAUAGUGAAAAUUAUAAUGAUGCAAAUAAACAACAACGAGAUCAAAUAAAUUCUAUGUUAGAAAGCUUACAAGAAUUAGGUCAGCCUCCUACUGAAUUAGUCGGUGAAACAGGUGAUUUCUUACCUGGAUUUGGAGGAGGAGCUGGAGGAGCUGGAGGAUUUGAUUUCAAUGAUAAGAAUUUACCACCAGAUUUGGAAAAAAAUUUACAAGAAGGAUGCCAACAACAAUAG